AUGGCUCAAGUCAUAAACCUAUCAUUUGUGAAGAAGACUAAUCUUUGUUAUUCCAUGUACGUGAUAAGGAAUUUAAUUAAUCUCACAACUCAUGGCGCAAAUAAGGGUGUGAAAAGGAAGAAAGAGAAGGCGCAUCUGCUACCGAAAGCUAAGAAAACUCGUUUGAUGUUGCCAUGCAUACACAUAAUUGCAUUGU